AUGUCCAUCACGGCAGUCAGAGCGUUUCUGUUGGUCCUGGCCAGCCACACAGUUUUCGUCGUGGAUGCUGGACAGCCAUGGGCAAAUGCCAGAGGCGCAGCUUCGCUACAGGUGAGUGCAGAUCUGCUCAGUCCUGGACAGCCUCGCUUGAUACAGGGACUCCCGGCUUUUGCAACCCGUUGCUUUCCGACCUCCGUACCAUCUUCUGUACAAAAGGUUCGUGUAGUGGCGUCCGUCGUCAGUUUGGCUGGAUUUCCAGUACUCUGUGCUGGUUGGGAGCCAACUAGACCGCAAGCAAACAGCUCGGAGACAGGCUACGAGACUUUGGAUGAGGUCUUUGACAAUGCCCUUGACAAAGACACCAUCUUCGUAUGCGUCAGGACUUUCUCCAGCCAAGGCUGUGAUUCCGUCCUCACAGUCUUCGCAACACCCCAUCUGCAUUUUGACAAGGAGUAUAUUCCGUUCGCUCAUCUCGAGCUGAAUUAUCCAUCGAUUUGGCAGCUAAGGGAUAGUGCGGCUCCUGCCAGAAUGGGCUUCACUACACAGGCAGACUUUCUGGAGGAUUUGAGGCUCGUGGCAUUCCCGCUGAGCGGACAUUUCGAGGUUGAGUUCUACCGAGUCGAUUCAAGCUCCUCAUUGAACGCCAGUUCUUGCAUCGGCCAUGGCAUCAAAGUGGAGAGAAGCAACAGCGAGCUCGUCCUCGUUGAUCUGCUGCAAGUGCAUGCAGACUUGAAUCGGCUGGAGCAGAAGUUCUGCAUCAUGAUCGUUGGCUCAGGGACGGUGUACAUCAGUGUGGCCCGGCUCUACCCGGGACCAUUCUUAGCCCCAGCUGUGCCUCAUGCAGGUCUUCUCAGCGGAGCGGCUUGCGAUGGUGCAAGGAUUCUGGUGAAAGAUGGGGUCGACGUGACGGUGACGGCUGUUGCUGCUGAUGCUUCAGAGCUGACGCUGUCGGCAAUGCUGACUACAGACACUCUACAGGCUUCCAUUCUCAAUCGUUGGAGAGGUAAGGUGCCUCCAGGUGGAAGUGGAGCAGCCUUGUUGAUCUCAAGCAAAGAUGUGAUGGCUGCAGGCGAUUCGCGGAGCGAGGAGAGCAUCUAUGUUCGGAUUUGCCGAAACUCGAACAUCUCCACUGCCGAGGCCACAGAGUUCUGGAUCACCGCAGAGACGGACACGGGUGUGAUGACCUUGAAGGAUGGUGUUGCCAUUCACUCCUCAGUGCCACCAGCUGCAUUUUCAGCUGGCUCGUGGAAGGAAACGUGGCGGGAGUUUCGUGUCCUGAUUCCUGAUGGUCCCCUACAGCCGACCGAGGUCACGCUGUCUGCAAGCUCCAUUGGGAAGGUGCAUCUAGUAGCUGACACUCAUCGUCAUCCUGACCCGGCAUCGUACAGCUGGGCUACAGCAGGCGCGACAAGCAACGAGGUCUUGCGAUUCACGACGCAGAGUCAACUUGCGGGCCACGGCGUCGGGCUGAUAGCCUGUCGCUUGCCCUGCUUCCUUUACCUCGCUGCCACUGCAACGGUUCGAGCGGUUCUGGAUAGCCAGGGGACAAAGCAGCUGCUCGAGGGCGAUGACUUCGAGCAGGUGUUGCCCAGCAAUCGGUCCCAGGUAUUCGCCUACAGUGUGAGACGAAGCAGCACGGCAGUUUUGGUUUCCGUGUCGAAGCUGUCUGGAUCAACCAGCUUUGUGAUGUCUUCAAGUCCGGACUUUCCGGAUGGUUGGACGACGGGUCCGGCCGAGGCCGUCAUUUUGUUGGAGCCCGGUGCCAACGUGUUCCGUCGUGCUGCAGAGGCCGUCGCUGGGCGAGGAGUUCCUCCUGUCCUCUAUAUUCGUGUACAGAAUGCCGGGAUGCAGUCAAGCCGCUUCAUCAUCUCAGCGCGAUCUCAGGCACAUGCCAAAUGGCUCCUGAAUGGUGCGACGACGCAAGGAGCAGUGAAGGCAUUGAGAUACGACAGAUUCCGCUUCUUCGUUUCGGACGGCGAGGUGAGGCACAGUAUGGAAAUCACCAUCGAGGUCAUUCUUCAUAGUGGGUCAGUGGCUCUCUUUGCUGCCUGUGACCCGAAUAGGUGCCCGAAUGGCUCGUGUUUUUUUGUUCAAGGGCAGCCGAUGCAUGCAGAGAAGUUCCUGAGUGAUUUGUGGGCGGCUCAAAGCGAGCUCCAAGUAGCGGGAAUUCCUGACUUCCAAGAAGUAUCAGAAGGCUUCUUCAUGUCAGACUCCGCGUGA